CUUAGAGGCAGUGUAGCCGGUUUAUGCCGGGAGGCGGCGGCCUUGGCUGCUGAUCUUCGGAGCGCGGCGGAGCGCGCCGGGCUGAGGCCCUGACGGGCCCUUAUGGUUCUAAUAUGAAAGAAGGAGUGAGAAGUAAUGAUCCAGGCUUUCACAAUACUGGAUGAGAAUACAAGCAGAAUGUUAGCAGCAGGAUUCACAAUGACAUCCUUUCAAGAAGUCCCAUUGCAGACUUCCAACUUUGCUCAUGUCAUCUUUCAAAAUGUGGCUAAAAGUUACCUUCCUAAUGCACACUUGGAGUGUCAUUACACCUUAACUCCGUAUAUCCAUCCACAUCCCAAAGACUGGGUUGGUAUAUUCAAGGUUGGCUGGAGUACUGCUCGUGAUUAUUACACAUUUCUGUGGUCUCCUAUGCCUGAGCAUUAUGUGGAAGGAUCAACUGUCAAUUGUGUACUUGCAUUUCAAGGAUAUUACCUUCCAAAUGAUGAUGGAGAAUUUUAUCAGUUCUGUUACGUCACUCAUAAGGGUGAAAUUCGUGGAGCAAGUACUCCUUUCCAGUUUCGAGCUGCUUCUCCAGUUGAAGAGCUGCUCACUAUGGAAGAUGAAGGAAAUUCUGAUAUGUUGGUGGUGACCACAAAAGCUGGCCUUCUUGAGCUGAAAAUUGAGAAGACCAUGAAAGAAAAAGAAGAAUUGGUAAAGUUGAUCGCUGUUCUUGAAAAAGAAACAGCACAGCUUCGAGAGCAAGUUGGAAGAAUGGAGAGAGAGCUGAGCCAUGAGAAAGGGCGAUGUGAACAACUGCAGGCUGAGCAGAAGGACUUUCUUGAAGUAUCACAAAGUUUGAGAAUGGAAAAUGAAGAGUUGAUGAAGAGAUACAGUGAUGUUACAUCUAAAGCUCAACAACUUGAAGAAGAUAUUGUGUCAGUGACUCAUAAGGCAGUUGAAAAAGAAACUGAACUAGACAGUUUGAAAGAUAAACUCAGGAAGCUACAGCAUGAAAGAGAACAACUUGAAUGUCAGCUGAAGACAGAAAAGGAUGAGAAGGAGCUUUAUAAGGUACAUUUGAAGAAUACAGAAAUAGAAAAUACCAAGCUUAUGUCAGAAGUACAGACUUUAAAGAAUUUAGAUGGAAACAAAGAAAGCAUGAUUGCUCAGUUCAAAGAAGAGAUUGACAAAUUGCAGUUGUGCUUGUUUGAAAAGGAAAAUUUGUACAAGGCUCUCCUGCUUACAGCCUCAAAUAAAGAAGAUCCAGUACUUUUAAAGGAGAAACUUCGGAAAGCAGAGGAUCAACUUCAGGCAACACGGCAAGAAGCUGUCUUCCUGGCUACAGAGCUCAGCGAUGCUGUGAAAGUGAGAGAUAGAACAAUGGCAGAUUUGCACACUGCGCGCGUGGAGAACGAGAGAGUGAAGAAGCAGCUCGCAGAACUUCAGUUAAAUGCUGCGAAGAAAGACCAGGAAAAGACUGAUACACUGGAACAUGAACUGAGGAGAGAAGUUGAAGAUCUGAAACUCCGGCUGCAGAUGGCUGCAGAUCAUUACAAAGAAAAGUUUAAGGAAUGCCAGAGGCUCCAAAAACAAAUAAACAAACUUUCAGACCAGUCAGCCAGUACUAACAGUGUCUACACAAAGAGAAUUGGGACUCAGCAGAGAGUGAAUGAUGCUUCGGUAACCACGGACCUGGCCGCUUCUGCUUCUGCCAACGAUGUCAAGCCAGCAGUGUCUUCUGCAGAGACAGAUUUUGACAUGUUAACAAAGGAUCAUGUCUGUGAAAUGACCAAAGAAAUUGCUGAGAAAACAGAAAAGUAUAAUAAAUGUAAACAACUCUUGCAGGAGGAGAAAACCAAAUGCAAUAAAUAUGCUGAUGAACUUGCAAAAAUGGAACUGAAGUGGAAAGAACAAGUAAAAAUUGCUGAAAAUGUAAAACUUGAACUAGCUGAAGUAGAGGACAAUUACAAACUACAAUUGGCAGAGAAAGACAAAGAAAUAAGUGGUCUGGCUUCACAUUUGGAAAAUCUCUCGAGGGAGAAGGAACUUAAAAGAAGUUUAGAAGAUCAAAAAGGAAGAAAAGUGGAAGAUCAGAGUUCCCAACAGGCCUCGAGAUGUCUCAACACAUGCUCUGAACAAAAUGGGCUUCUUCCUACACUGCCAAAUGCACAGCCAGUUCUGCAGUAUGGCAACCCUUACACGGCACAGGAAACGCGAGAUGGAGCAGAUGGUGCUUUUUAUCCAGAAGAAAUCCAAAGGCCACCAGUGCGAGUCGUAUCUUGGGAAGACAAUGUUGUCUGUAGCCAGCCUGCUCGAAACCUUAGCCGGCCGGAUGGUUUAGAAGACCCCGAGGAUAGCAGAGAGGAUGAGAACAUGCCUGUUCCUCCUGAUCCAGCCAGUCAGCAUUUACGUGGUCAUGGAGCAGGCUUUUGCUUUGAUUCCAGCUUUGAUGUCCACAAGAAGUGUCCCCUCUGUGAGCUAAUGUUCCCUCCCAACUAUGAUCAGAGCAAAUUUGAAGAGCACGUUGAAAGUCACUGGAAGGUGUGCCCGAUGUGCAGCGAGCAGUUCCCUCCCGACUAUGACCAGCAGGGGUUUGAAAGGCAUGUUCAGACCCACUUUGAUCAGAAUGUUCUAAACUUUGACUAGCUUUCAUUGUGAGUUAGUACAAUUUAGCAAUUAAAACAAAACAACUCAGCUAGAGACUAAGGAGAUGCCGAGGUGUCGCUCUCAUGCUCCUCUCCACUUUCUGAUUGAGAACUACUUUUGAGUGCGGUGUUGCUAGGGCCAGGGUACAGCUUUGACUACAGUAAAUACAGUUUUAAUCUCUGUUAAUCUUGUCUGCUUUAAGAAAGUUCUUAGGUGUUUCAAUUUGUCCUCCAGUUAGAAAAAGUAUAUGAAGAAGGACACAGGAGUUAUUUUCAUGUCACUGAACUGAAAACAUAUGUGUGAUAGUUGCAGAUUAUUUAGCACAAUCAGAAGAUAUACAAGUUUCUGUUCACAUUGGUGAUUGAGCAUGACUACUAUAAUGUAAUAAAAAGCAUCGAUCAUAACAGUUCUGUGAAAUAAUUCUUUGAAUAUAGAAAACUCAUAAUUUAGUCAAUAAAUCUUUCUUAGAUAUGGAGCUGCAUGUAGAAUGAGAUCACAGACGUGAGAUACUCUUUUUUAAUAUGAAAAACACUGGCUCUAGGAAUUAAUAUAGGCAUAUUUUGCUAAUUUUAUGGUAAUAAAUAAAUUUUAAAAAUUAAAA